CUGUCUCAGGCAUCGGAUGAGGAGCUCCGCGAGCGCGCCGAGGCGCUAAGGCAUGGCGCAUUCGACAACGAUACUCUUGCAGAAUGCUUCGCCGUCAUCAACGAGACGAUCAGGCGGCGAAUCGGCGCAUGGCAGGUCUUCGAUCCGGCGUAUGUUCACUCGGACAUCAGCCGCUAUCGAGACGCGGCCCACGACCUCACCGGGACCGACAAGACCAUCGCGGAGACCCUAGCCUACGUGUCCGAAGAGAGCGCGUCGCGGUACUUCGCCGACAUAGACCUCCCAGCGGAGUUCUAUGGCGCCGUCCGAGAGUCGUCCCUUGCCGACGCACUGCGCUUCGAGCCGACGGACGAGCAGAUAGCGGCGGGACGGCUGAUGCUCGACCGCACGGUCGUAGAGAUGGACGCGGGCGAGGGCAAGACCGUCGCUGCUGCCUUCCCCGCCAUCACGCAAGCGCUGUCGGAGCGCAAGGUGCACGUCAUAACCGCGAACGAUUACCUCGCCCUGCGCGAUGCCGAGCUCCUGGCCCCGGCCUACGAGAUUCCUCGGCCUGACGGUCGGCACUGUGCUGGGUCACAUGGGCGACGCUGA